AUGACAUCAAACUUAGGCAAUGAUAUCAAUAAUGAUGAACAUUCACCAAUGCUUACAUCAUCGUCGUCAUCAUCGUCAUCAUCAAAUUGUUUAUCAGCAUUUAUAAAUAGUCAUACAAAUAAAAAUUCCACAAAUGAUUAUGAAAAAAUUAGUGAACGUUUUUUAACUAUAUUUUCAACAUGGGAUGAUCGUGAACAAUUAAUAUUUGUUGAAAACCUUCUCAAACGUAUGCAUAAUCAUCAACAUGGACAAAUUAAUACAUUUUUAUUACCUAUGUUACAAAGAGAUUUUAUUGGACAAUUAGCUGGACGUGGACUUGAACAUAUAGCUGAGAAAAUUCUUGGAUAUUUAGAUGAUCAAUCAUUAGUGUCAACAGAACUUGUUUGUCAUGAUUGGUAUCAUGUUAUAUCAUCAGGUAUGCUAUGGAAAAAACUUAUUGAACGUAAAGUUCUAUCAGAUUCAUUAUGGAAUGGUCUUGCUAAACGUCGUGGUUGGACGAAAUAUCUUUUUCGUCAGAUAUUAACAUCAGGCGAAAGUCAAAAAACUCAUGAAUUCUAUCGUAAUUUAUAUCCUAAAAUUUUACAUGAUAUUAAACAAAUUGAAACAAAUUGGCAUACAGGAAAAUUUCAAUUAGAAAAAAUUCAAUGUCGUUCACAAAAUAGCAAAGGUGUUUAUUGUUUACAAUAUGAUGAUGAAAAAAUUGUUAGUGGUCUUCGUGAUAAUACAAUUAAAAUUUGGGAUAGAAAAACACAUCAAUGUACAAAAGUAUUAACAGGACAUAAUGGAAGUGUUUUAUGUUUACAAUAUGAUGAAAAAAUAAUUGUUACAGGUUCAUCUGAUUCAACUGUACGUAUAUGGAAUGUUAAAACAGGAGAAUUAAUUAAUACAUUAUUACAUCAUUGUGAAGCUGUUUUACAUCUUCGUUUUUCUGAUGGUACUAUGGUAACAUGUUCAAAAGAUCGUUCAAUAGCUGUAUGGCAAAUGAAUUCACCAACAGAUAUAACUAUUCGACGUGUACUUGUUGGACAUCGAGCGGCAGUUAAUGUUGUUGAUUUCGAUGAAAAAUAUAUUGUUAGUGCUAGUGGAGAUCGAACAAUUAAAGUUUGGGAUACAACAACUUGUGAAUUUGUACGGACAUUACUUGGCCAUAAACGUGGUAUUGCUUGUUUACAAUAUCGUGAUAAAAUUGUUGUUAGUGGUUCAUCAGAUAAUACAAUUCGUAUAUGGGAUAUAGAAUGUGGUGCAUGUUUACGUAUUCUUGAAGGACACGAUGAACUUGUACGUUGUAUUCGUUUUGAUUCUAAACGAAUUGUUUCUGGAGCUUAUGAUGGAAAAAUCAAAGUUUGGGAUUUAGUAGCUGCACUUGAUCCACGUUCACAAUCAUCAUUAUGUAUAUGUACAUUAACUGAACAUACAGGACGAGUAUUUCGUUUACAAUUUGAUGAAUUUCAAAUUGUAUCAAGUUCACAUGAUGAUACAAUACUUUGUUUUAAUUUUCUUAAUGAUACAACAAUAACAGAUCAUACAACAACGAUAACAACAUCUUAA